GGUAGGUAGUCUAGAGUGUAGCAGAAAGCGGGAACCCGAGCUCCUCUUACCUCUCACCUCUCACCUCUCUCUCUCUCUCCAGCCAGCUCCCACUUUCCACUUCCCCUGUCCGUCGCCUGUCGAUGCCCCCCCUAGAAAUAAUCUGCGACGCGACGUGACGUGUUCACAUCAAUUCAUUCCUGCCUUGGACCAUCGAACCGGUAUUCUGCUCUUGUCUGACUGGCCGAACCACUGCGACCACUGCGACCACUGCGACCAUUGCGACUACUGCCCGAUCGCCGCCCUAUACCUGCCAGCUUACCCAAGCUGCCUUAGGUUCUGCCGUCACUGGCUAAGAGCUCUGCGAACUCAAAAUGUCCUCUCCUUCUAGCUCAUCCCACGGAGGCAAGCGGAAACGCCCGACCACAGCUAAUUCCGCCAUGAUGGAUGACAAUCCGCUUCUGCAGCCCUCUUCCCGCGAUGCCUCCGGCGAGGAAGGCGACACAACUGCCCCCGAGACUGGCAGACUCACCCACCGCAAAUCAGAUGCCACCGCUGGCUCCAACCCGGCAAAGCGCCAGCGCGCCAACUCGGAGCGUACCUCGGCCGCCUCUCUGCCCGAACAUGCUCAUGCUCAUGCACAUGCCGACCACAUCGCCGACCCUGGCGAGCCUAGCGACACAACCGAAGCCAGCAUUGACAUUGCGGACCGCGUCACCCGGAAGGGCAAGAAGCCCACUCUUCUCAAGGAACCUACUUCCCCCGACGACCAUGAGAAGCAGCAGGCCGCUGCCAUGCUGCCACCCCCUACUGGUCGCUUGGUUCACCCCGUAGGAUACAAGACAAACCCUCCCCCGACAGGGCGCACCAUCAGGGUUUAUGCCGACGGAGUCUUUGACUUGUUCCAUCUGGGGCACAUGCGCCAACUAGAACAAGCUAAGAAGGCCUUUGACAACGUAUACUUGUUAGUGGGAGUAACUAGUGAUGAGGAAACACAUAAACGAAAGGGCCUCACGGUAUUAUCUGGACGAGAGCGCGCCGAGACAGUGAGGCAUUGUAAAUGGGUAGACGAGGUCGUCGAAAACUGUCCUUGGAUCGUCACGCCGGACUUCCUCGAGGAGCAUCAGAUUGACUAUGUCGCCCACGAUGAUAUCCCAUACGGAGCAGAUGAAGGAGACGACAUCUACGCCCCGAUCAAGAAGGAGGGUAAGUUCUUAGUCACACAGCGAACCGAGGGUGUCAGUACAACAGGUAUUAUCACAAAGAUUGUGCGCGACUAUGAGAAGUACAUUGCGCGACAGCUUAAACGAGGCACCUCUCGUCAGGAACUCAACAUCAGCUGGCUCAAGAAGAACGAGCUUGACCUAAAGCGCCACGUUCAGGAGAUCCGUGAUAACAUCCGAUCGAACUGGACAACAACUGGCCAAGAGUUGAGCCGCGAGCUUCGCCAGUACUGGCCCGCUAGUCGCCCCCAGAGCCCUGCCCCUGGUGGUCGCUUCUUGUUCCCCACGACCCCGAGCAACUCGAACGGGGAGGUCAAUCUCCGCGAGGCCGCUAUGGCGGCAGCCGCCAAGUCUCCCACGACACCUGGCCCUAGUGAUAGAGCUCCACCCCCUGCCACGAACGACUUUAUGACUGGUUACACCCUGGGUCUCAUUGGUGGUGUAAGAUCUUGGAUGACCAAGAGCCGCCGCAAUCUACGCGACAGCCGGCCCGUCAGCGACGACGACUCAGAAGAAGGCGACAGCGGGUCGAACGAGCGCGGGCGUCCAGUCGCAUCUGCCAGCUAGCUUCGCAGACCACUGUUACGCCUGCAUAUAGAUGAGGAGUCGGAUGAUGUAGUAGUAGAACAAGAAACUUAUCUAAUCGGAAAACGAAACCGCAAACAACAACAGCAACAGCAUUUGUAUCAUCGCCAUGGAUAUCGGGGAAAAUCUCUAUAAAAUGGACACUGGGGAACAACGACAACAACAACAGAAAAUAAAAUUUUGACUUUUCGACAGGAGAGGGGGAAGAUGAGGGGAGGGGCGUGGGAUACGGAACACAUAAUACAAGUCUCGGGCCAGAAGACUGAUUGACUAGCUGGCCGGCUGGCUGGCUGACGGGAUGUGUUUUUAUUAUUUAUUUCAAGUUAAAAUUUUAUUUACUGUACGAACAGAGAACACAGCGCAGUACAGUACAGUACAGUACAGUCAAAGAGAGAAAUGAACGGAUGAAACAUGGACGGGGGUGGCUUUCUUGUUUUUGAGCCAAUUUAUAUCUUCAGAGAGGUCUAUCGUAAAUUAAUUGACUGACUGGCUGACUUACCUGUCUGGCUGGGCUUUUCUGAUGUGUAAUACAUGUGAACUCACUUUCACUUGGCUUUGGUUGUC